AUGGCUCGGUGGCAUUUCACACCGGACCGACGCAUCACUCGGGUGGGAGAUCUUGAAGCAUGCUCGCUCUGGUAUAACAAGGCCUAUAACUACCGGGUCAUAGAGCUAUCAACUCCAGGUCCAGUUGGAAAUUUCUACUUAUCGAAGAGCCUGGCAGUCGUCAAAGCCGGAUUUCUUAUCCGCACAGUAAAUCUGGCAAGCAGACAAAUGCAGUUGACAGGGGAUGACAAUGCUACUAUCAAAUUGAACUCAUUUCCAGCCCAGGCACAAAUUUGA